AUGUCUUCAGCAUUCGACCCCUCAAUGUCCACGAGCCGGCCACCCAUCGGCGGUCCCUCCCUAGCGGACACGCUUCCCAACAUCAACUUCGGCUUCGACGAACUGCGCGAUCGUAUGGCCAAGUUCACCGCCAAGUUCGAUGCCUUCAUCGAGCAAGGGCGCAAGCGCGUGCUGGAGGAGCGUAACCAAUUCCACAUGAGCGUGGCUGAGCUGCAGGAGGACCAGCGCAUGAAAAAAAAGGACAUUGAAAUCCUCCAGCUCAAGACCAACACCUACCAGCAGACGAUAGGCAAGGAGGCGGCGGAGACGCGGGAGAUGCAGGGGGCGAUCGCGCAGCUGACGAGCGAGCGCGACCGGCAGGCGGCGACGCGCGACGCGCUCAAGGAGCAGAUCGCCGCGACGCAGAAGGACAUCGACGCGCGGUUGGCCGCGCAGCGCGCACACCAGGCCCAGCUCGAGGCCCAGGCCCGCUUCAACGUGCCGGAGCUCGACUUCUGGGUGACCAACCUGUGUCUGCGCAUCGAGGGCGCGGGAGUCGAGGACCGGCUGAAGUUUGUGUAUACGCACGUGGAUGAGAAGAAUUGGGAGCGGGAGGCCUGGUUUGAGCUGUGUACGGGCAGCCGGGACUAUGAUGUGAGGCAUUGCAGGCCGAAGUUGGAGCGGGAGAAGUUGGAGAAGGUGCUGGAACGGGUUAAUGAGACGCGGGAGCUGGCUACGCUGUUAAAGGGGAUGAGGGAGCUGUUUGUGGAGGCCAUGCGGUCGUGA